CUUCAGUAAAAGAAAAAAAAAUGCAUAAAAACGAAUCUGACAUAUUCAUUUCUGGUUCUGAAAUUUCUAGUUUAUAUGCAGCCAUAGUUUUAUCUAAAAUUGGAUUAACUGUCUACAUGAUAGAUAACAAUAACAGAAAGGAUGAUACAAAUGAAUUACUGUUGCUUUCACCAAGAAGCUUACAAUUACUCAAUCAAAUUGAUUUAUUAGAGCCCCUUUUUAAACAAGGAGGUAUGCGUCACUGGAAAUUUGAAAUUUAUCAAAAUAGUCAGUCUGCUAAUGUGAGUCAACAAAGUAUUCGUUUAUGGAAUAAUGAAACAACAGGGUUCAAUUACAGUGUUACUUGCAAGAAAUCAGUUUUAUAUAAUCUUCUCAAACAGCAACUUCAAGAAAUAAUUCAAAUUGAUCAAAAUCAAGAGAUUAUUGAUAUCAAUGAUCAAAGUGAUAAUCAUUAUCAAUUACCAUUACUUAAUACUACUGAUAUUAGUUCAUAUUAUCAGUAUAGACCCUUACCAUGUAUACCACGUAACAAUAAAUAUGAUAUAACGAUAGAAAGGGCUUUUAAAUCUAUUUAUUUAAAGCAUACAGAUACGCAUCAAACUAAAGUGUGGAAAUCACAAAUCAUUAUUGGGGCAGAAGGUCAGCAAAGUUUCAUAAGAAAAAAAUUAGGAAUACCUCUUGGGAGAAAAAAGUCUUAUAAUAAUAAAAACAUGAAUUCAAUAAUAACAAGAAUAUUUUAUACCUUACAAAUCACUAUUAUCUCUGCUAAUUUCCCUGGUUUAAAGCAGAUAUCCAUUGUCAGUAAAGAUAGAAACAUUAUAUACGUAACAGGUCGUGAAAGUGAAAUCUAUGUCAUAUUUGAACAUAAAUCAAGUUGGAGUAAAACAUCAAUUGAUGAUGAAAUACCUGCUCAAGUGGCUUUAGAGCAUAUUCGUUCUAUUUUACAGCCAUAUAAAAUUGAAUUCGGAAGUAUAAAGAGUUAUACAAGAUGGCAAGGAGGUGAACAAAACUUGUGUGAAGAAUUUAGUUUCGACUCUAGUUACUUUUUAAUCGGUAGUUCAGCGCAAAUGAUUGGGCUGCCUGGGAUAUUUGAUAUCAAUAUUCAUUUAGAGCAAAUACAGAAUUUAUGUUGGAAGUUGGCAUUAAAUAUACGACGUUGUGCUUUAUCUAGAUUAUUGGAGACCUAUGAUUAUGAAGCCAAGGUAAUAGCAGAGGAAGCUAUUAAUACAGCACAUCUCUUUACAAAUUUUAUCGGUGACUAUUAUAAAAUUAAAGAAGAAGAAGAAGAGGAAGAAACUAGUUUGAAUAUGUCUUUUCAUAAUCGUGAUCUUCUUUAUCAACUUCAAAAACAUUUCAAACAUUGCUUUGUAGGUGAUACACCAUUCACAACAAGUACUAUACUUAACUAUUCCAAUGAUCAACAAAAUGAAAACGACGAAAAUAUCAGUCAUAGUUCAAAAGCUGGUCUUGUUGGAUGUUUAGCUCCUAAUGCCAGGUUAAAGCCAUAUACUUUAUUUCAGUUGCUGUUAUUGUCAUCAGGUCAACCUUCCACAAAGACAACAGUUACCACUACUCAAUUAGUUUCAAUGACACCAUCUCAUUUACUUGAGCCACCUCUAGUAUCUCCUUCUCCUCCUUUACAGCCUCAAGAAGAGAUUAGUAAUAAUGUGAACACAGUAAAGACCAUAUUACAAAAGGGAAUUAAAUCAGGAAGAAAAAGAUCUAGCUCCGUCACUUCAAGUAAUAAUGGAAGCAUUUUUAGUAUUUGGUCUCUGUUACAAAAAAAUCUAAAGAAGCGAUCACAUCACCAACAACAGGAUAAUAAAAUCCUCAAUUCAAACAAAAUGUCUUCCAUCACUACCACAACACCUGCAUCUGUAUUGAUUUCCACAGAGAGAUGGAAAAGCAUUAGAACAAAUCACCUACAACUUCAUGAACUCAUUCGGAAUAAGCAUUGUCUGCCAGCUUUUACUUUAUUCAUAUUUUGCGGGCCUAUCGGAAAUACACAUCAAAACAAAAUAUAUCAAUUUGUUAGACAACUUGUAGGAUCAUCUAAUUCUUUUCUUUAUCGAUAUGAUGAUAGUUUAUUAUCAGAAGAAGAUAGAUAUGAUGGUUGUUCUAAUAAUAGAAGUUUCAGUCCUAAUUCAAUACACUCACUAUCAAGAUCAAAUAGCAAUAGACAGGGACGUAAUAGUAUAUCUUCUAUAAAUAUGUUGGAUAAAAAUCAACGUACGCAUAAAUCAUCUUUGGUAGCAGACAAUUCAACAACUCCACGAAGCUCAAUAGAUUCAACUAGAACAACAACAAGUCAUUACUAUGAACAUAGAUGUUCAACGUCAUCUAUAUCUUCAUUACAUAUCCAACAGCAAAGUCAGUCAUCUUCACUAUUUUCUAUUCUGUUUAUCACAAGUUCAACAAAAAAUGAAGUCAUCAAAUAUCUUAAUGAUACACCACCUGCCAUGGUUCACUCUACCUUUCCUUGUGGGUUGGCUAAAGUCUUUUUGGAUCAUGAUCAACAGUGCUAUAGAAUUUAUAAUGUGAAGCAGCCAGAAAUAGUCGUAAUUCGACCUGAUGGUUAUGUUGGCACACGACUCAUAUUAACUCCAGAAAAUAAUGCUUUUGAACAACUCAAUAUGUAUUUCGAUUCUUUUUUAAGAGUGCCUGUAGACAUGAAUUCUGCUGCUGCUGUAGUAGCGGAUAAUUACAAUUUCUAAAUACAUGUAUUAUAACUUAAUAUUUAUUUACCGUAAAAAAAUAAAAAAA